AUUACGCAAGGGGUGACGACGUGGAAAACAUGGAGGAAAGGAGUAUGUAGAGUAAACUUAAUUGUCUCAAUUUACCUACAGUUUCAAGUAUUUGCCUUUGGAAAUUACACUCGAUAAAAAAAAUUGGACAAAGCUGUCCAUUAUUAUAAAAAACAGUCGCCUUUUAACGAUACCGGGACUCAAGAGAGCCGCGAAACUGCGAGAAGCAUUUCUGACAGGAUUUGGCAUAUGCCUGGUGAAAAAGCAGUGAAGAGUGGUGAGUCUGGCUGAGUGGAGCCAGUAGAGCGAGAUGGGAGCCAACACCAGCCAGGUCAGUGACCUUUCCGAUAACCCCAGCCUCAAGGCCCUGGUGGGCACGGAGUCCAUAUCAGAGAAUGAUCCUUUCUGGAACCAGCUCAUCUCCUUCACCUUCAUCAGUCCCACCAGCAGUGGAGACUCAAAGUUACUGGAAGAGGCCGUCAUCCCCCUCGCCAAGAUCCUCAUUGAAAACAAUCCCAGAUCAGGGAACUUUGGAGCUCUUGUCAGAAUAUUCCUGGGAAGAACCAAAGAGCUGAAAAUCUCUACAGAAUGCCAAGAUCAACUGUUUAUCUGGCAGGCCCACAAUGCACUGUUCAUGAUUCGCUGCUUGCUCAAGGUGUUCAUCAGGGAGAUGAGUGAAGAGGAGCUGCACCUACAGUUCUCCUACCAGGAGAGGGCACCAGGCUCCUGUGGAGAAACAAGCAGCGAGGACCUCUUGGAGGAGCUGUUAUCCAACCUCAUUCACCUGAUCGUAGAAGUGCCCCUGCUUGACAUCACCUAUGGCAUCCUGUUUGAAGCGGUGACCACGCUGCUGGUGUUCUUCUCCUACCAACUCUUCCACAAAGACAUCCUCCGAGAUGGAUUAAUCUACCAGCACAUCAUGAAGGGAAGAUGUUUGUCUUUAACUAGUCGACUGGUGAAGACCCUGCUCUAUAACUUCAUCAGGCAGGAGAAAUGUCCACCUCCGUCAUCCCACAUCUUUGAGCCGAAAGCAGAAGGAGGCCUGCUUUACGGUCUGGCGUCAGGGGUGGCAAGUGGGCUGUGGAGUGUCUUCACAUUGGGUGGAGCUGGCAACAAAGCCGGGAUAGAGCAGGAACAGAACCCCUUACCUUUGUCCAAUCAGAGCCUUCUGUUACUGCUGGUGCUAGCCAAUCUGACAGACGGGCCUGAGUGGCCCAACCCCUACCGCCAGGCUAUCACUUGUUUCAGAAACACACAAGACACGUCGUCACUAUCAGCAGAGCAUCCUCACACUUUCCAGAUCAAUUUCAACAGUCUGUACACAGCGCUGUGUGAGCAGCAGCGCUCUGACCAGGCCACUCUUCUACUGUACACCCUCCUUCACCAGAACGCCAACAUGAGGACAUACAUGCUCUCCAGGACCGACAUGGACAAUCUGGUGUUGCCCAUACUCGAAAUCCUUUACCACGUUGAAGACAGAAAUUCUCAUCAUGUCUACAUGGCCCUCAUUAUCCUCCUCAUCCUCACGGAGGACGAUGCCUUCAAUCGCUCCAUCCAUGAAGUGGUAUUAAAGAACAUCACAUGGUACACAGAGAGAACAUUGACGGAGAUCUCACUUGGCAGUUUGCUCAUCCUGGUGGUCAUCCGCACCAUCCAAUUCAACAUGACCCGGACAAGGGAUAAGUACCUCCACACCAACUGUCUUGCUGCACUUGCCAACAUGUCAGCGCAGUUUCGUUGUCUCCACCAGUACGCUGCCCAGCGCAUCAUCAGUUUGUUUGCUUUGCUUUCCAAGAAGCACAACAAGGUUUUGGAGCAGGCAACACAGUCUCUGAGAGGCAGACAGGGAGACAACACAGCCUUACCCGACUAUGCCCAGGACCUGAAUGUGAUUGAGGAGGUGAUCCGCAUGAUGCUGGAAAUCAUCAACUCUUGCUUAUGCAACUCUCUACACCACAACCCCAACCUGGUGUACGCGCUGCUCUACAAGAGGGAGCUCUUUGAGCAGUUCAGGACGCACCCAUCCUUCCAGGACAUCAUGCAGAACCUGGACACGGUGAUCGGCUUCUUCAGUCUGCGUCUGGAGCAGGCUGGAAGUGACCUGUCAGUUGAGAGGGUGCAGGAAGUCAUUAUAAAAGGAGCCCAGGCCCUGCCCACAGACAGACUGAAGAAGUUUCCGGAGCUCAAGUUUAAGUACGUGGAGGAAGACCAGCCGGAAGACUUCUUCAUCCCCUACGUCUGGUCCCUGAUCUUCAACUCUGGAGUCGGCCUCCACUGGAGCCCGCAUGGCAUCGAGCUGUUCAGCAUGGACUCUGGCUGAAACACCUGCUGCAGCAGACUUGCGUGUGUCUUCAUCCCCGUUCAGUAUAGGAAAAAAAGAAAAGACUGACGGUGUGUGUGUUUGGGUGGGUGUGCGCGCAUUGCCCUUUAUAGUAUGUGCACGCUGCUUUGAAAGUGCCUCGACCUUGUACAGACUGGUGUUUCUUUUUAUGCAGCACAACCUCUUUCUUUUCCUCAUACCAUAAUAAUUCCUCUGCUUCUACACUGUGAAUCUGCAUCUCUUCUGGUUAACAGUUUUCACAGUAGCGCCCACUUAUGUACAGUCAGUCCUGUAGGGAAUAUCUAUUUAACACCUGAGCAGCUUCACCUGGUUCCGCAGCACAUGCCGAGUUACAUCUCUUCUGUGAAACGUUCUGUUAUUGUGAGGAGCUCAGGACACUGGCGAUGGAUAAUCCAACAUUUUUCCCUUGCUUAUAAAGAAAAGGUCAAUCAAAACACGUGAACCUAAGUGUUUCACUGCUCUGGUUCAUUUUACCCGCCUGCACUAAAUGCGAAGGAAACAUACCAACUUCAUAUUCAAGACUUGGAAGACGUACAACAUACAUUUAUAAACAACUUAUAUAAUGUUGAGUUUUAAGUAUCUCAUAAAUAAGCGUUGUUUUGACCAACAUUGUUCCCUGGAUACAGUGGGUUUGUAUAAAAGAUUUUUGUUUGUAAAAUACACUUUUUUUUAAAGGGUCAGAGAAAGUGAUCACCAACAGAAAGUCCUCUGUUUUCUUGUAACAUGCAUGGCUUUCAGAUUUGAGUCCACCAGUGUUACUUGCUGGCCACCUCCAUCAACCCACAUUGAAUUACAGUAUAAUUAAUGCUUCAUUUCAGUCCCUAGAUAAUAUUAGCGGUCCACAUCACGCUGGUUCAUGUUCAUUGUUGCUUCCAGCCCGUUUAUUUGACUUUACCUUGUCUUUGUCGUUUCCAUUUAGUUUUUCCUGAUGGUAACCCAACAACUUAAACUAGGACACGUUAUUAAACAUCCUGUCUUAUUGUGCAUAGUUACAGUUGGCUAUUUGAUUUGUCACUUUUUUUGCAUGUUUGACUGGAGACUUUGUAUUAAAUUAUUUAUUUUCAUGUUUUUUAUAUAUUCAGCCCCCCAAAAAAUGUAAAUGGUAGUAGUACUAAACGAUUACUACUAAUGAAAGAAAAACGGUGGUACUAAACUUUGAUUCUUCCCAGGUGGGAAACUGGCUUUAUAUUAUUACAUAUAAUAUGACAACAGCUGUCAUUUUGUGGGGAUAUUUCUUUGGAGAUAGGACUUUAAAUAAAAAUGUGAAAUUAAAGCAAACAAAUUGUCACGUGGUUAUUCAGCAAAGUGAAAUACUGUAGCAUUCAGGGAAUAUAUCCGAUUACACAUGAAGAUUAUACAGAUUGUUGCAUUGACACAGAUUAUGUCAGGCACAUAAUGCGGUACCGACUGCUAGCUGAGUUACCAUUCCUGGUUUUAUCAAAUAUUGGUAUUGAUCGUCUCAUCUGACGCUCGACAAAACAGGAGAGAAGUUUCUUGAAAUGUAAAGCAAUGUAAUAUCUCUUUGUGACUCCUUGUCUUUAAAUUGCAU